CUCUCUCUCUCUCCCCCCCUCCCUCUCCCCCCACCACAAACACUCUCUCCCCUGUCUCCUACAUUCUGUGGCGCCUCAUGUAUGUGAUCCUCAGAGCUGCACCAAGCCAAGCUACAGGCUCUUCAAAGAGGACUGCUCAUUUGAUGACUACUGAUCUAGAAGAUCUCCCUCCUAUAUUACCUCCCAUCUUAUCCUUCUGAUCGUUUAUUUUAUGUCCUCUGACUGCUUCCCUCUUAACUUUUGCUUUUCAUCCUUCAUUCAUUUUUUCUUUUUUUAGUUUUCAUUCUGGUUCUAUAUAUUGAUCUCUCAUCAAGAGGAGGCAAAUUUUAUCAGUAUACUUGAAUUAUUUACUUAAUUUAUUAUUAUUAUUAUUAUUAUUAUUAUUAUUAAUUUUAUUUAUUUAUUAUUUUGCUCUCUAUAUCCCUUUUUUUCACUACAAGGGAUUUGAUUCAUCCCCUUAUUUUUACAGCCUUCACCUCUGUUAUAUUGCAACACUCUUAAAACCUGUGGGCACAAUGUGGUCUAACUUUUUCAUGCAGCAGGAGGAGGAUUCACGAAUGGGUGGGCAUGUGGGAGCCGGGGCCGGGGGAGGGGGAGGGCGCAGUAAAAACAGACCCAGGUCUUCACACAUGAGUGAGAGCCAAGAGGGCAAGAUCAAGAUAGCAUUUUUUGUGGCCAUUGUGGGAGUGACUCUGACUGUGCUGGGCCUGGGCACAGAGUUCUGGGUGGAACUGGCUCAGCCUAAACACUUCCAAAAUGACCAGUCAUGUCAGAUGGUGCACUAUGGUCUGUGGAAGGCCUGCACACGCACGCUCUGGGUGUCCGACAUUGACCCAGAGAGAGAGAGCUGCGGUCCAGCAGAGCUGCCUGGAGAAUCAAACUGCACAUAUUUUAAGUUCUACACUUCGGGGGAAAAUGCAGUCAUUUUUAAGAAAACAACAGAUAAAAAUUUGAGUCUGGCUUCAGCAAUGCUGGCAAUGUUUAGUUUGUUUCUAAUGGUGAUGGGCUCUGUGUGUACUAUCAUGUCUCUCACGAAGAAUGUACCUUUCCUCCUCAAGCCUGCUUCUGUCUGCUUUCUCAUCUCAGGCGUCCUGAUCCUGCUGUCCAUCGCAGUGUUCCACCAGUCGGUACUGGCACUGUUGGCGAGUGAACACACUGUCCCUCUGCACUAUGAGCUGUCCUGGUCAGUGGCGUGUGUAGGCUCGGCCGGGGCUAUCCUUCUUGUUGGUGGCAUUCUCUUCCUGUUGCUUUCUUUACCCUUCAAUCCUUUCAAGAAAUGUACAAUGCACCGAAACAGCAGUGCCUAGCAGACUGGACUCUUUUUUUUUUUUUUACUUCUAGAUAUUAAUAAACUGACAGAAUUAAAGACUUUAAGACUGUUUGGCUGGCAGUGAAGCAUCAAAUUUCAUGAUUUCUUGCAAUUGAUUGACACCAGAAUUAGAUUUGAGAAAAAAUAAGCACUGAGUGCGACUUUACUGGGUAGAAUAGAGCUUGGGUUAUUUGAUUUUUUAUUUAUUUAUUAUUAUUAUUAUAUUUUUUAGAUCAGACACCAGUCUGUUACUGUUAAGGAAUAUAAUCAUCUAAAGCUGCAGAGCAUUAUGCCCAGGAACUCCACUCAGAUCUUCACUUACUUAAAAAUAUUCACACACUUUUACUGUGUAAAGUUGGGGGGAAAAAGUCACUUGUUUAAUUUCUAUGUGGAUGUGGAUAUAAGAAGUGCUGGUUCCAUUUUUUAGAUUUUAGAUCUUUCAUUAGAUACACUAUCAAACACAAAUGAAAACAAGUCUAGUCAAAAAGCAUUGAACAAAUUACUAGAUAUUUUUCUUAUUCUCCUUUCGUCUUGUUGAAAUGACAUCAGAGAUUUCCAGCUUGGAGAAAGUCCAAUUUCCGAGUGGGAAUUGAGUCGUAAGACUGUUCAAAAAUUGCCGGAAGUUCCCAAUAGAUUAUGAAUUCAGCAUUAGCCCUGUACUCUACCCAGAUACUGUCUGACCUAUAACGUUCAUAUUAUUAGCCAAAUUUUAGGUUUCAUGACUUCAAAGUGCUGGAGGCUACUACAUAUUAAACUGCAGCUGUUUCAAAGCGCCUUAUAUACAUUCAUCAAUGAAGGGUUUUCUCAGACAGCUUGCUAAAAGAGCAAUAAGUAGCAUUUUUACUUUUCCUUGUCAUCAGCUUUAAGUAAGACGGCCCACCUCUCACUCAGGAACAUUCCACACCAAGUUAUGUUCAAUUUCCUUCGAAUUUGAUCAGGUUUUUAAUCAAAAACAUUUCUACUUACUGUAACUGUACCUGACAUUAUCUAUAGUCAUUCCCAACAGGUUCAUAAUGGUGGGCUUGGUCUGGAAAGGUUUGAAAACUUUGUCCUAACAAUUUGGUUAGAAGCUGUUUACUGUGGUGGCUUGUGAGCACAAAAUAACGGAUACAGCAAAUCAGAAAACACAACACAACACAACACAACACAACACAACAACAAAUCUUACAACACAACUGCAGAUUCAGCAGCGUGACUGGAAAUUCUAAAACACGACAGCAAAACAGCAAAACUAAAAACACAUGAACAAUACUACAAAUGCAAAAAACAAACAAACAAAAAAAAAGCAAGCCAGAACGCACAACAGCAAAACUAAAAUCCCAAAAACAAAACCAAAAUGCAAUAUUAAAACUAAAAACACAGCAAAAAAGAAACCAAAACAAACAAAACAAAACAAAUGUGACUUUGGAAACACAAACUGAUAACAGAAGAGUAUUUUCUUCUUGAACAUUGUGUGUUUGUUGCUACAGUGUGUGUCUCAAAGAUAUAGAGGAAAUAUGAGCCUAAAUAUAUUUGCUGCUGUUUUUAUUUGUGCUUUUUAUUCUUAAUCAAUUAAUAUAUGAUCGUAGAUUAGAUAUGCUGUCAACGUUUGUACCAUAUUUAUAUGAAUAUGUGAAUACUGAAAAGAGUUUUUUCUCAAUACGAAGAAGAAGCCUUUAUUUGAUCACAUUACAGCGCAAUAAAAUGAUUUUCUUUACAUAACCCAGCAAGUUGGGAAGUUGGGGUCAGACAUGAUAUUGUGCAUGAAGUAGAGAGGAUUAAGAGUCUUGCUUAAGGGCCCAACAUGGCCUGGGGCUUAAACCUCUGACUUUGUGACCCAAAGCCUUAACCGUUGAGCUGCCACUGCCCUUUGUAUUGAAUUGUUUUCAUUAGGCUAACUAGACAAUUCCAAUUAGCAGCGAGAAUGUGAUGUCGGUACCCUUUCCGUUUAGCUGUGUGUGUUUGUAAUUUUGUUGCUGUGGUUUCUGAUUUGCUGUUACGUUGUUUGUUUUUGUUGUGUUUUGCACUCACAUGCCAUCAUAAUUUGCCUAAUAAUUUACCUGUAGUUGCAGUUUGUAGUACAUUGUCACUGUCACCAUGUAGCAUCCACAGCUCGUACUAAUUGCUCCUACUGAUUUUUUACUUGUACCUGUGUUUGGGUCUCCUAGUAGAACAUCUGGCUGUAUGGGUGGCAGCUUGCAGACUUGUUCAUUGGCUAUUAUGCUAAUCUGGAAGAGCUCAGAGUGUGAAUCAGUGCUGUGGGUAAAGGGACGCAUCAAAGGGACGCGAUGAACAUGAAAGAAAUGAGAUCAAAAUCUCAGACUCACAGAUGAGAGAGUACAUUAAGCAGACACAUGGUAAUAUUAGAUACUUUUUUUCUUUUAAUAUUCAUCGUCCUGUUUAAAAUUAAUAGAUAGAUAGAUAGAUAGAUAGAUAGAUAGAUAGAUAGAUAGAUAGAUAGAUAGAUAGAUAGAUAGAUAGAUAGAUAGAAUAAAUCAAUAAAUCGGAUCAAAUCAAUCCACGUAGCAGUAAGCUCGGUCUUGCUUUGUACUUGGGUCUCUAUGCCAGCUCUGUAUAGUAUUUUCCCAGCAGCCAUUCUGUUCCAUAAUUAAGUCUAAUCUAUGUAGAUCUAACGAGCUGGGGACUGUUACAGAAGAGCUGAAGGAGUUUUAUAUAUCGUGCUGGUUAGUCUGACACAUGAAUCCCAUUUGAUUUCAUUAACAGCCUGCAUAUGGUGCUAGAUGAAUAUGCAUUAUGGGUUGGUGAAAAUCAGCUCACCGUAAAUCAUCUCAAUUUAAUGCCACUUGUUUCAUAAUAAAUAAAUAAAUAAAUAAAUAAAUAAAUAAAUAAAUAAAUAAAUAACAUGAAACGAUUCUAAACUAAUCAAUAAGUCUCUCAGCUGCUGAAGUCCACAUGCUUUCUGUUUAUUCGUAUUCUUAUUAAUGGCUUUGGAAAUUCAAUAUUUAGUCUCUCUUAAAUGAUGGAAAUUGUGUGUUCUGUAUGUUCUUACUGUAUGAAAUGUAAAUGAUGUAUAAUAUCACCAACACAUAUCUUUUGUAUUAUACACAGACCUUUCACACAGGCUGUAAAUAACGUGUUUAUAUUUCACUCUGGAAUGUGAUUUUUCAUUUUCACCCUGUUUAAUAGCUCUUUCCUCUGUUAACAGAACUCCUUUUUCAGGUUCUGGUUUGUUUCGAUGUAUAAUGUCGCCUUCACUGUAUAAUUAUGCUAGAGAAUUAAAUCUUUUGCACACAGGAACAUUUUUUUUUCUCU